AUGUGGUCCAUGUGGAGGCCACAUGUGUGUAUAUAUAGAAAACUAGGUUGUACCGAGCUGGGUAAAAAUGAGCCACGUCAUCAUCCCGCCCCUUUUACCCCUCUUUCUAUCAUCCAACUUUUAUCAGUUUUUGACAAAGCAACAAACCUAGUUCCAAAUUCGGUGCCCAUAAUCAAAUUAGGGCUCCAACUUCCUCCUAAUAUGUCUCCUUUUAUCCAGGGGAUAACCGGAGUUUUCAGUAUGGGUUGUGCUGGAUCAUCGCAUGCGAAAGGGGACGAACCUAUUAAAAAGAUAACAAAACCAAAACCAUGGAAACAUACUGAACCAAUUACAACAGAGCAGCUUAAGCAGAUGCGUGAUGAAUUUUGGGAUACUGCUCCACAUUAUGGUGGCCGAAAAGAAAUCUGGGAAGCCCUUCAAGCAGCUGCAGAGGCAGACUUAACCCUUGCGCAAGCCAUAGUAGAUAGUGCUGGUGUCAUCGUUCAAAAAGCUGACUUGACAGUCUGUUAUGAUGAGAGAGGUGCAAAAUAUGAGUUACCAAAGUAUGUUUUUAGCGCGCCAACAAAUUUGAUUCGUGACAAUUGAGUACGAAGACAUGGGACACAUGUUUUUUUUUAUUAGCAUAAAAGACUGGUAAAUCAUGUAUAUGUGUUAGUCUUGUUUUUUAUGGUUUUGAUGUUUAGUAAAGAAACCUUGGUUUGAUCUUUUUAUGAAAUUGGUAUCUAUUUACAAGAUGUUUGCUAGAAAU